AUGGCCAUACAGCAAACAAAUCCAGAUUUCGUUGUUGAUACUGUCUACACGGAAACGGCAAUCCAGAAUGAGUUCCGAUUUAAGUAUGUUUUUUGGGCAUUCAAACCCGCAAUAGAAGGGUUUAAAUACUGUUUACCCGUACUUACGGUCGAUGGGACGCAUUUGUACGAAAAGUACAAAUGCCACCUUCUAUUAGCAGUAGCUAUAAAUGCCAACAAAGAAAUACAUCCAGUUGCAUACUCAAUUGUUGAAGCUGAAACAGGAGAUAGUUGGAGUUGGUUCCUGAGAUUGGUGGCUCAAAAUGUGUUUGGCGAUUUGCAACACAUAUGUAUUAUCUCGGAUAGGCAUGGUGGCAUCGACCAUGCAUUUCGGGAAGUACCAGAACUGGCCGAGCCGCGGGUCCAGCGUCGAUACUGCCUCCGUCAUUUGUGGUCAAAUUUGAUGACCAAGUUUAAGAACAAGGAAUUAAAAAAUUUGUUUCGGCAGGCCGGUUGUGCUAUGGAUGUUCGGGGGUUUGAGGCUGUAAUGAGUAUAAUUCGGGCAAGUAACGAGGCGACAUAUAAUUACUUGAUGGCAAUCCCUGCCCGGUUUUGGGCCCUAAGUCACGAUGGGGGAUUUAGACAUGGAUUGAUGACGACCAACAGUUCAGAAUCUUUCAACAACAGUCUAAAGCGUUGUCGUCUUCUGCCCGUGUCAGCUAUAGUGAAGCUAACGUACGAAAAAAGUUGCUUUAAUGUUCGCUGA